AUGGCGGGUAAUUCGGGCGGGUUUGAGCCGGAUGACCCGCUAGUUCCCGGCGGGUCUUACUCGGAGCUACUAUUCGGGGAUGAUAUCUCGGGUCUUCAGACAAAUGGGUUCUUCGGUUUUACUAAAACUGAUGACGAUGAGAAGAACAUUAGUAACAGUAAUCCUAAGAUGCUCUGUUUUGGUGACUAUGCAAAGCAGUCGUCUCCGGUGAAAAUGGCGGCGGCGGAAGGUUCCAAGAAAACGGGUCGGAAAGUCGGACCCGCAUGCAAUGUUGCUAAGAAGGAGAAGCUCGGGGACAGAAUCACAGCGCUGCAACAACUUGUUUCGCCAUUUGGCAAGACGGAUACAGCUUCUGUUCUUCAUGAAGCAUCGGGGUAUAUAAGAUUUUUGCACGAUCAAGUCCAAGUUUUAUGUUCUCCAUAUUUGCAACGUUUGCCGACCACCAUUGAGGAGCCUCCUCAUCCAGAAAACGGAGAUCUCAAGGAGUGGGAAACGAAAAAGAAAAGUUAUCUGAGAAGCCGAGGACUGUGCCUUGUCCCGGUGGAGCUCACACUACAUGUGGCAGAAGAAUCUAUUAAUGGUGCCGAUUUGUGGUCAUCGGCGGCUGUGGUCGACAGUGUUUUAACUGGCUAA